AUGGGUGACUACGGAACAGCUGUUCCACCCUUGCGCUCCACUCGAGCCAGGAAUCCACCGCAGCCCUCGGCUUCUGCCAACGAGAUAUCCGUCCUAAUAACUGGAUUUGGGCCCUUCAAGACAAACCUUGUCAACGCCUCAUAUCUGAUCGCCUCUUCCCUCCCGUCGUCUUUCAUCUUCCCAUCUAAAGACCAGGACACGGACCCGCGUCGAGUGUCCCUCCAUGUUCACUCUACACCUAUUUCAGUGGCUUACGCCACAGUCCGGGAGACCCUCCCUUUAAUUCUGGAGGAGUUCGCUGCUUCCCAUGGUGGCCGAAGACCCGACCUCAUCGUCCAUAUUGGCAUAGCCUCUCCACGGCCAUACUAUUCAGUUGAAACCUUGGCUCACCGCGAUGACUAUAACAUCACCGAUGUCGAGGGCCGCUCUGGGUAUCUCGAUGGCGAGAAGCGGUGGAGAGAACUGGGCCUCCCACCCAUUUUGACACCUGGUUGUGUGACUGAUGACCCGACCUCUGCCUCGCCCUACCAGCCCGAUGAACAUUUCUUGGACACGUGGCAGUCCUUUGCUCCGGAGUCGGAUCUUCGGCUCUCUAAGGAUGCAGGACACUAUCUAUGUGACUUUAUCUUCUAUACCAGCAUGUCUUUGGCGUUGCUUGAGGGUCACGACCGUAAUGUCCUCUUUCUUCAUGUACCCGGCGCAUCCGAAGAUGCCAAUAUCGAACAAGGGCGCGUGGUCACCCUUGCUCUCAUCAAGACUAUGGUCUCUUGCUGGCUCGACAAGAAGCGUCCUGCAUGA